UGCUUAUUGACCGAUCCCGUGCUUCAGGGAAGAAGGGCAGAUUUUUCUGUUUACACACAAAUUAAAAGCAACAAAUACUAUCUUUUGGUGUCUGAAAUAAAAUCCCCCAGAUAUAUGUCUUCAAAGAAAAUUGAUUUUUUGAAUUGUGAUUUAGUAAAAAUUGGAAAUGAAAUGAAGGAUAUGCUUGAUAAGUGCAUUGAAGAUGGCGUAAAAAACAAUGAUUUGGCUAUUUGUGGCAUACUUGUUGAAG